CCCCACUUCUCUUUUCCCCCCAGCCUCUCCCCGCCCAGGGGAGGGGGGGUCCCGGCCCGGUCCGGGACCAGGCUUUCCCACCGUUAAGGGAAAGGCUAGCGGGGCAUCCCGGGACGAAACACCGACCAUGACGGACAGCCCGAUCCCAGUCCCGGCUCCGGCCGCCAAACCCAAGCGGGCCAGGUCGGCACGGAGGCCGGCGGCCCACCCCACCUACUCGGACAUGAUCGCGGCGGCCAUCCGGGCUGACAAGAGCCGCAGCGGCUCCUCUCGCCAGUCCAUCCAGAAGUACGUGAAGAGCCACUACAAGGUGGGACCCAACGCCGACGUCCAGAUCAGGCUCUCCAUCCGACGCCUCCUCGCUGCCGGCGUCCUCAAGCAAGCCAAAGGGGUCGGAGCCUCCGGCUCUUUCCGCCUGGCCAAGGCCACCAAGGCGAAGAAGUCUCCGACCAAGAAGAAGAAGAAGAAGAAGAAGGCGACCAGGAAAUCCACGUCGCCCCGGAAAGCGGCGAGGCCCAGGAAAGCCAGGUCGCCGGCAAAGAAGCCCAAGUCUGCCGCCAGGAAAGCCAGGAAGAAGUCGAGGGCCAGCCCGAAGAAAGCCAAGACGACAAAGACUUUUAAGGUCAAGUCGCUGAAGUCAUCCAAGCCCAAGAAGGCAAAGCGGUCGAAACCCAGAGCCAAGUCCAGCGCCCGAAAAUCACCCAAGAAGAAGUGAGAAGUCUAGAGGCGUUUCGGUACUCUCCCCUUUGGUUUCUGUAAAUAGCUUUUGCCUUUAUUUUUACCCCCUUCUAUUGCAUUUUAUAAAGAAUUGAUCUAUUCCUGUCUGGAAAUCGCUAAAACAAGGCAGUUAAUGAAAGAAAAAAAGGAACAUGUUUGUUAUGGAGAGUUCCAAUUUUUAAGAGUUAUUGGUCUGGGUUUUUA